AUGAUUGAAGACCUGCAAUCAAUUGAGAAGAAUCACACAUGGGAACUGACAAAAUUACCUUCAAAGAAGAAACCAAUUGAGGUUAAAUGGAUCUUCAAGCUCAAACUAAACUCGGAUGCAUCAGUGGCCAGACAUAAAGCCAGGAAGGAAGACACGAAAGAUGAAGAAAAAAUGGAUCAUACCCACUACAAGCAGCUCAUUGGCUCAGUAAGGUACCACUGCAAUUCAAGACUUGACCUUAGCUUUGUAGUAGGAGUAGCUAGUAGGCAUAUGCACGAACCAAGAAAGUCACACCUCAUAGCAGCCAAGAGGAUCCUCAUAUACUUGAAGGGUGCCAAAGACUUAGGAAUUCUAUUUCCAAAGAACACAAAUGAGAAAAUGGAUGAACUGAUAGGAUAUUGUGACUCAGACUGGUGUGAUGAUAAAUCAGAGAGAAUGAGCACUACGGGAUACCUGUUUAAGCUUGCUAGAGCCCUAAUUUCAUGGUGUUCCAAGAAGCAACCAGUGGUGGCAUUGUCAAGCUUGAAGUAG